UCUGUAUGGGAAUUUACCGUGAAUUAUGUGAAGACCAGAAAACUGAAGGAGGAUAGUCGAUCUUCUCGCUGUCUUUUCGUUUACAAUCGCUCUCUGGUGCCACCCACUGGAACCUUUUGGAAAACCAUGUGGACGGGCCCAUCGCCAUGGCUCCAAUUCUUACUACUGCUGGCUACAAAGGUGUGCAUAGGUGAGGAUGCUGAGGUAAUGAUGUCAGAAGUUGAACCCACUGCCACUUCGUCACCUGUAACUCUGAAGAAGUCCCGUGGAGAGAUACUUGCUGCUCAGUUUGAAUGUUACCUUAAGAUCCUACAUGAGCCUUCACCCAAGGAUGGAGGGACGUACUGUAACCGUACAUGGGAUGGCUGGUUGUGCUGGGACGACACUCCACCCGGCACAGCUGUGCAGCCCUGCCCCCCAUACUACCAGGACUUUGAUCCAGCUGAGAAAGUAACCAAGAUAUGCAAUUCUGAUGGCCAGUGGUUUCGUCAUCCAGAGAGUAACCGUCUGUGGUCCAACUACACCCAGUGCAAUGCCUACACCAGGCAGAAACUGCAGGUUGCGCUCGUCAUGUACUAUUUCAGUAUCGUGGGACACGCACUGUCUAUAGUGUUCCUCCUCAUUUCAAUCUUCAUCUUCUCUUACUUCAAGAGUUUAAGCUGUCAGAGGAUUUCACUUCAUAAGAAUUUAUUUUGCUCCUUCACCAUCAACUCCAUCCUCACCAUCAUCUAUUUCAGUGUUGUUGUCUCUGAUCAGCAGGCACCACCCUCUAAUCCUGAUCUCUCUCAGAUGGCAUGCAAGAUCUUGUCCUUCCUGAUAUUAUAUACAAAUGGCUCCAGCUACUUCUGGAUGCUCUGUGAAGGGAUCUACUUACAUACUCUAAUCAUCGUGGCUGUGUUUGUUGGAGACCAGCAGCUGGGCUGGUAUUACGUCUUGGGUUGGGGCUUUCCCAUCAUUCCUGCUGCUAUACACUCAGUGGCACACCAACUCUUCUAUAAUGAUAAGUGUUGGAUAAGCUCAAACACACGCCUGCUAUAUAUUGUUCAUGGACCCAUUCAAGUAGCUCUACUGGUGAACCUUCUUUUCCUGCUCAACAUUGUGCGUGUGCUGAUCACCAAGUUGAAGGUGACUCACUGUUCUGAGUCCAACAUCUACAUGAAGGCUGUUCGUGCCACACUCAUUCUGAUACCACUGCUAGGGGCUCAGUUUAUACUUGUGCCCUUGCAGCCACAAGGACGUAUGGCUCUGGCUGUGUAUGAGGUUUUCAUGAACAUACUCGUCCCAUGUCAGGGGCUCUUGGUUGCUGUCAUUUUCUGUUUCUGCAAUGGUGAGGUUCAGUCUGCCCUGAGGCGACGCUUCAAUCAAUACAUGGCUCAGUGGAGAGGACGACUGGUGACAGCUGACUCCCACUACAACUACCACACCAACUCCUCCAUCACAGAAUCCAGCCGUGCCACUUCUGUGCCGAAGACCAAUGGUCAGAGUAAUGGCAAACGCGUCACUAAUGGAGACCACGAAAAGCCUAAAGUUCUGGAGAGUACUGAGAUCUGAGUGUUUUUAGCUGUCAUUGCAGACCCUGCUAUGUUUAACACUGUUCUGAUCCCACAAUAAGAGAGAAGAAAACAUGAUGAUAAUGAACAUGAUGAUGUUAGGUUCUUGUUAUCUGUUCGUGUAAAAAUCUAGAAUAAAUGUUAGGGUAUUUUUCUAGACGUUAUUUCGUCCUCACAAUCACAGAGCCAUGCGCUUCUAUAAAACACAGGAGUAAUAAAGUCACACAGACACACACACACACACACACACACACACACACACACAGUGGAUGUUUAUCAUUUCCCAGAGUUCAGUAUUAAAGCCAUGUCAUAUUACAUUUCAGCUAAAUCAGCAUUACAGCUUCAUUCUGCCAAACGCCAAAUAAAAUGCCCAGGAAAAGCUCCACAGUCUGAGUCGUGAGAAGUCAAAGCUCCUAUGAUAGCAGGGUGUCCAUAGACACACACUUCUUACCCCUUCAACCAUAAACAGCUUUUUCUGUUACAGCCAAAUACAGAACACAAGGAUUUGUUCACCUAGCAUGGCACAACAAAUAUUUUUAACAGAAACUGUUUUUUCCACUCUUUAUUACUCCAUGAAAGUUUGUAAAGUGAGUUUGGUUUUACAUUCAGUAAGGGUGUUUUUCAAACUGAGUGUUGGAUUGUUUUAGAAAUAUCUAGUUUGUUGGUUUUGAAAUGUAAUUAUUACCUGAGCAUGUAUAUAAAACGCUUUCUGUUGUGUAAAUAGAUCUUCAUGUGAGCACUUUCCUUUGUCACAGACAGCCUUCACUUAGCUAUAUAUUUUUGAAGGCUUAUGUCACUUAGCCUGAUCUGUUGUAGUUAUUAUCCUGUGACGUGUCUGUCCUCGCAUUUGUGGCACUAAAGAUCAAAUAUAAAGUAUACAUUCCGCUUUAACUGUCAAAA